AGUGGCCAACAGAAAGAGAAGGUCAAGAACGAGGAAUGAUGCUUUGUUUACUUGUGCAAAGCACAAGGAGGUGUGGCUUGUACAAGGUUUUGUGCAUUAUUUAGAAUACCACCAAGUCAAGGAUGAAAAUUCUGGUGUGUGGAGAUGUGGAGGGUCACUUCAAGCAACUGUUUAGCAGAGUCCAGAACAUCCUCUCCAAGAACAAAGACUUUGAGCUGCUGUUGUGUGUUGGAUCUUUGUUUAGCUCUGACUGCCAGGAGGAGUGGAGCAAGUAUCGGGAGGGGGUGGAAACAGUGCCUCUACCGACGUUCAUCCUUGGCCCGUGUUGGACUGAGCAUGGCCAGUUCUAUGGAGACUUGUCACGUGAUGGAGGAGAGCUUUGCCCCAAUGUCACAUGUCUAGGUCAGCGUGGAGUGUACAGUGCGUCCAGUGGUCUGAGGGUGGCCUAUCUCAGUGGGAGCUACCAGGGGAGGACCUAUCAGCAUCAAGACAAGGGAGAUAAUCUAUUGGUCAGUUCUCUUCCCAAUCACCUGGAGAAGUUGUUGAACUAGUUUUUGUUUCUCCCUCUAGCGACCAUAUUUCACUGACUCUGAUGUGUCCUGGCUGGAGGGUGAGUGCAGUGGAGAGGGCUACCGUGGAGUGGACAUUCUCCUCACCUCUGAUUGGCCCGGGGCAGUGGACAAGUUCACAGUGG